UUUGGACCAGUUGCAAAAUUAUCGACUAUCUUCGACAAUGUAUGUCGUUUAUGAAUAUUUGGAUUAUCGCAAGGAUAACUGCGUGCAAAUGUAUGCGGCGUUUGAUGAUUUGGAUGCUGCACUUGAAUAUGCGUCUGAUUUGGGGGAUGGAAAGGAUACUCGGCCUGAAUAUGCGUGUCAUAGAGGAGCGUAUUUUGAUCAGCAUGCAAAGGAGGGAUGUUAUGAGAGGAUUGCAGUGGAUUCGGUCAGUGUUUCUUAG